AGAAAAACAUAAAUAUUUAUUCAUUAGUGACAGAAAGAAUAACAUGCGCACUCUGAUUUUCUUAGGGCUGGUUGCAGCCGCUUUUGCGGCUGAACUUCCGACAUAUGCUUCCCGUGGUUCAAGGAUUGUUGGAGGUUCGGUGACUGACAUCAGCCAAUGGCCUGAAAUGGCUGCUCUGUUGGUUACCUUGGGAUCUGCUGGUCACGUGCAAUCCUGCGGAGGCACCAUCCUGAACCAGCGGUCGAUCCUGUCGGCUGCUCACUGCUUUGUUGGCUUCACGCCAGCGAUGUGGCAAGUGAGACUGGGCUCCACAAACGCAAACAGCGGAGGAGUUGUGUACGCAGUACAGCAAAUAAUCAACCACCCAUUGUACAAUACUCCGGUGAUGUUUGACAACGAUAUUGCGGUUUUGCGUGUUGCUGGUAGUAUCACCUACACCAGUAACAUCCGCGCGGGAAGCAUCGCUGGUGCCAACUACAACCUGGGCGACAAUCAAGUCGUGUGGGCUACUGGAUGGGGAUUAACCUCUGCGGGAGGUAGUCCUUCAGAGCAGCUGCGAGAGGUCCAAAUCUGGACUAUCAACCAAGACGUUUGCAGAUCCCGCUAUGGUGCUAGACUUACUGACAACAUGCUGUGCUCAGGCUGGCUGGACGUCGGUGGACGAGACCAGUGUACUCAAGACUCCGGUGGCCCCCUCUUCCACAAUGGUGUCGUUGUCGGCGUUUGUUCUUGGGGAGCCGGCUGUGCUGAUCCCUUCUUCCCUGGUGUUAAUGCCCGUGUAUCACGCUAUAUUGCCUGGAUACAAGCUAAUGCCUAAUUAUUGACUCUUUCGUGUUUUAUUUAAACAAUUAAAUGAAUUAAAGUUUCAUAUGUCGUCUUUAAA